UGUUGGGGCUAUGAGCUACGCCUUUGUCAAGUCUUUAUCAAGGAAUCCAGUACAAACUUACCAAGAACUGCUCAAGUCUAUUAGGGACAUUUUGAAGCAACAUUAUCAGCAGAAACCGCAACUAUCGAGCUCGCACCCCAUUGAUACUAAUUUACGCUUCAUCCUCUAACGUGACGAUUUUGGGCAUUAUUAUUAUGCUGCGGUGCUCGCAAUACUUAUAUCAUAUUAACCAACUUAGUGUUCUAUGUACGAGACUAGUAUUUAUGUAUCAGUCUUGGUCUCUCGUUGACGAGAUAUGUAUGUCUAGUUUCGAGCGGUGAUGAAAACGCACCGAGGUACUUUGAAUCAACCCUUCUCUUGUUCCGCAUCACUAUAUUUUCACGUACUCUUGUCCACAAUGAUUCUAAUGAUUACC